CAAGCUUUCACCUACUUAGGUGGUACAGUUUGUCAAUACCCAUUGUGGGACAUCUACUAGCUGAUCAUGAUAGCUAAGUAUAUCCCCAUAAAUGAAAGCAGAAGUUAAAAAUUUGUCUGUGACUAUGAAAUUGAGCUAGUUCCCAUGAAGCGGCAUAUUUAGAGUGAGUGUUACUAAACAAAAGUUGUCCUCAAUUGAAUCAAAAACUGUACAAUGAACACAAACUUCCCACCUUCUCGUCUUCAGGUGUCAAGUUUAUCCUGUAAAAAUAAGUGUGGUUUUUAUGGAAAUCCUUCGUGGGAUGGAUAUUGUUCCGUUUGCUAUCGUAACGCACAUCAGAAACAAACAACUCUCCGUCAAACGUCUACAGCUACAACAAAUUUGUCACAGAGCUCUGAUACAGAAGUUAAGCGCAAACAAAGCACUGGAAAAAACUCGACCAUCAAAAAUAUUUUCAAGGUUCCUCGAGAUGAUAGUCGUGAACCAAAUCCAGUAAAUCCAGAAGAAUGCUUGCAAGCUGAACAAGAGUUUAAAGCCUUUCUGAACACUCUUCGAGCUUCUAUAAAUGCAGAUAUUUCCCGUCAUGUUUCAAAGCUUUUGGAACAGUUAGAACCUAUUCGUGGUUCGAACAUUAAUCAGGCUUCAAUGAUUGUGCAAGAUUUUUACCACAACAUUUCCAACCGUAUUUCAAAUAAUCCUAUGUACUCAAGUUUAUCAGUACAAACCAGGGAUUCUAUACUAAAUUCAGUAGAGCGUUUUGUUACAACAUGGAUUUAUUUUUGGGCUUUUGCUUCCCCUACAACUGAUGAUGAAAAUGUAGACUUGAAAUUACAAGAGAAAAUUCGUUCAUUACACUGGGUAACUCCUUACCUACUUGACUCUCCAAUCAAUCCAAAUUCCCCGGAAGAACUUACUCAUUUGGAUUUAGCUACAUUUGCUCUUAUCAAAGUGAAUACACUUCUAGCCUCUGAGGAUAAAUUGGAUCAAAUAGUUGAAUGCUGUCGCAGUGUCUUUGAUGCUUUAAAAGUUCACUAUCGGAAUUAUUCUGUUAAAACUCAAGAAUAUAUGUACAAUAAUGCCACCAAUGAUGUAAACACUGCUACUAACAGUAAUAGUAAUAGUAAUACACCGUUGGGUUCUGUCUUCAAGCCAGGUAUGAAUAAUUCAACUCUACCGAAAACUUCUACUAAUCCUAUGCAUAAUAAUAUUGUCGAAGAAGAUAAUACUACAGCGAAUGCUGAUGAUUUCCUACCCACAUUAAUAUGGGUUGUCCUAAAUUCAAAUCCACCGCUGAUUUACUCGAAUUUACAAUUUAUUAUGCGAUUUGCUAAUCAGAAUAGAUUGAAUAGUGGAGAAGCUGGUUACUUCUUUACAAAUCUGUCAUGUGCUGUACAUUUUCUCAGAAAUCUAACGCAUGAAUCACUCAGUUUAUCAGAAGAAGAUUUCGGCCGAUGUAUGCGGAAAGGUUUAGCACUAGUGAGACGUUCUGGUGAACCAUUAUCAGAAGGCGAGAAAAUGCUCACAGAAAAUGGGAUUCAUUUGGUGGAUUUAGAAGAUAGGUAA